AUGACCUCGUACGCGUCUGCAAGUCAGGCAUAUGAACGCGAAAGGGCCCCUACGCACGAUGUGAUCUCUUCCACUACAGCUCCAAGCGCGUGGUCAGGCAGAUAUAGAGGGGCUACUGUGGAAGACCUUGACCCCCCACCUGCGCUCUCUACUUCGCCGAGUAACCUUAUAUCUUCGGCUCUACUCUCUGCAUACGAACGUGACUACACCCAUUUAACCGUUAUAUCCUCGGAUUCCCGCUCUCUUCUGGGCUAUCUUUCCAUUCCACGGCUAAAGGAACUUCUAAAGGCCGGCACAGUAUCCGAGUCCGAUCCCGUUGAGAAGGCGAUGUUGAAAUUUCGGCGGAAAGGUCACGUUUAUCAAGUCAUAACUAUGGAUACCCCUCUAGAAGAGCUAGAACGGUUUUUCGAUGGCGAACUGGACACGUCUGGUGGGAAGAGCGAAACCAGGCAAAAGCAGGACUUUGCGGUGGUCACCGACGCCAGUCGUAAAUUUGUUCUGGGCGUUGCGACUAGAGAAGAUUUGGAGCAGUUUGUUAAAAGACGGCCUAGCUGA